GCUAGUCGGUGUUCAGACGCGCACCCAAGCAGUUGUUUAGUUCAGUUUGUUUAGGGCUGCUGGAAUGAUACAAGCAUAUAUACUUAUGAACAUAUUAGCAUAAAAAAGUACCGGUAUAGGUUGAUGUGCUAAAAGCUGCUUAAACACUCACCACAUAGAGUGACGGUGGAGUGAAUGUUGUGCAUAACGGCGGCGGAAGUUAUACAUAUAACAACUACUGACUUGGAUCGCAUUCGUCAAAGCGUGGCGUGGUGACUGGCGUUCUUUGUGUUUCCCUUGAAAAUUUGGCAAAUUGCAAAAAUCGGUUGCAUGUGUGGUACGGUGAAAAAGUAACGCGAAAGUUUAGUUUGAGUGAAUUGUAAGUUGGGCGUUUGCCCGUCCUGUUCUAACUGUGCAAGAAGAAAAAAACAAAAAAGUGCGAACGGUGCAUUUUUGGAUGGCGCAAUACUCCGAUUCCAUUUUGUUGGAUUAUUAGGUUGCAGUGCAUGCUGUCUGGAGUAUAUAAUUAUUCGCCUGUGAAGUGUGAAGUGAGUGAACUCUUUGCCGAUCGUCUGCUUCAAAUUAAACGAUAGUUGGCGGUACCGUUAGUUGCCAUGAGUCCUAUGAUUGAGGACACUGACACGGCUUCACCCGGCAGUUUUACCGAUGAUCAAUCACUAACCUCCGAGGAAACAACGUCAUCACCGCAGAUACGGAACCAAGAGAAUGGUUUGUCGACCAGGACAUCAGCGCCAGUCGCGUCACCGGGUAGUAACUCGGUGAUAAAUUAUGUUGGUAAAGUUCAAAAACAAUUAUCACAUCGGUCCACGGUACGAUGUCGGACACCCUAUGAUCGUCAGCGAACGCAAUCUCGGACUAGUGUUGUAGAAUCGGUGGACGAUACGACCAACUCAUCGAUUGGGUCGUCGGUUGAUUCCUGUUCAACGAUCAUCACCGAGGACGCUUCGGGCAUGGAUGAACUUGAAGAAAACAGCAGACCUGGCGAUCAGCCGCAGCUGUAUCAGCAACAUCGGUUUCCGCGUCUCAAUGCUGGUUCUCGUAGCAGGCGUUCGACGAGUGUUUCCUCAAGUGGUUGCUCCAGUUCUAUGGACGACCGGUAUUGCGAUUUUUCGCCGGUGACCAGCAUUAGCAGUUGUCGAUGCUCGUCCCUUAGUAUAUCGGAUUUUGACGAUGACGGUUUUCGCGAGGAAAACAGCGUAUCAUCGAUGUACACGGUAAUAUCCUCGUCGAGGUUGUACCAGCCACACCAUCAGCUGCAUCACAACCACCAGAACGUUCCGCAUCAUCCGAACAAUACGAAGGGCCUAUUUGACAUUGCGUUGAAAACGGUAAAACUGAUAAGGCGUAACCAGGAGCUGCAGAUUCGACUUUCCCAGCUACAGGCGGAGACCAAAGCUUUCAUCGAGUCGGUAAUGGCAAACCCGGAGAAUGAGACCCUUCGAAAUCGUUUUCAACCGAAAACGUCUUGCCGGACCAGUGCAUCCACGCUAGUUGCGCAAAAAUGAAUGCUGAUGUCUGGGUUUUAAAAUAUUGUUUUAGUACCUAGGAGUUUUCAUUUUCACCAUAGUUUGGUGUAGACAUAUCGACGUCAGAUAUUACUACACCAGGACAGACAAUCCGAAGCGCAUCAAAACUGUUUAACCCUGUCAUGUCCGUUUUAAAACUGGGACAUACGGAGAUAAGCUUCUGUGUCAGUAUGAUUGCAGCACUAGUCUUGAAAUUGUUCUUUGUAGAAUCGGCUGAGAAAUCUGUUCAAAUAAAGUGUGACAAUUUCUCAAAAGAUUUGUAGUACCAAGGUCUUACUUGCUAUUUUAAAUAAGAAGUUAGCUUCUUCUGAAAUUUAUCUGCUUUUGUGAUUGUUUCAACAUUUUCCAUUGCAUGUUAGUACUUAAACGUAGCAGUUUGUAGUGAUUAUUCCAUUGUUUAAAAGGAAAAAAAUAAGCAAAGUUCGUUUCUCAAAUGUAGCAUGGUCAUGACAGGGUUUGUCAGUUGGUUUGUUUCCAAAUAUAUAAGGUGAAUAUUACUUUUAAGAUUCGAACAUUUUCCUAUGUAACGAGGAAAGUUUCCAAGAAUUUUAUUUAUUGCGAAGUCGUUAGAGAUUCUAAGUGAUGUUCCGAGAACAAUCAUAUUUAUAUUACUGAAUAAGGAAGGUUCUUCACUUCAGCGAAAUGCGUGAAACACUUGAAGAACUUGAACAUGUUUAGCUGAUUAGCCAUAGCCAGUAAACUUGACAAGCAAUCAUCCUCAACACUUUUGUCAACUGCAUUUAUAUCAUAUAUUAUACUGGAGAUAAGCGAAACUGAAUAUUGUUUGGUCAUGAACAACGCUAUUAUUCUAUUUUAUAAUAUCAACAUUGUAGUGAUAAUCACUUCCAAAAUAUAAGAAAUCCUACGACGAGACAUAACAUGUGUCACCCAAGAACUUAUGCAGAAAAUAAAUUUCAUUAAAGACAAAACAGAAAACAA